AUGCCGUCCAACAGAGCCGCAUACCUGACAUCCGCCAAAGCGCAACCUCUGGAGGUCAAGUCGGCGCCGUACCCGAAGCCAGGCGGCUCGGAAAUCGUGAUCAAGAAUCGCGCCGUGGCCAUCAACCCCCUCGACCACAUCAAGCAAAGCAUGGGCAACCUGCUGUUCGAUUGGGUAAAAUACCCUGCAAUCCUGGGGAGUGACGUGGCGGGCGAAGUUGUCGAGGUCGGCAAGGACGUUGCGGCGCGUUUCAAGGUCGGAGAUCGCGUCGUCGGCCACAGCAUUGGGAUGGCCAAGAAGCACAACUUCGCCUCGCACUGCGGGUUCCAGGAGUACACGGUCUUGCUGUCGCACAUGGCCUCGCAUAUCCCGGACACAGUCUCUUACGAGGAUGCGGCCGUGAUCCCGUUGGGUCUGUCGACCGCGGCGUGCGGUCUGUUCCAGAACGACCAGCUCGCCCUGCAACUCCCCACGGUGCCGAAUGCCAAACCGACGGGGAAGACUCUGCUUGUCUGGGGCGGGUCGACGAGCGUGGGAUGCAACGCGAUCCAGCUGGCCGUCGCGGCCGGAUACGAGGUCAUCGCGACGGCCUCGCCGCGGAACUUUGAGCUGGUCAAGCGUCUCGGAGCCGUCCAAGUGUUCGACUACAAGAGCCCGACGGUGGUGGAGGACAUCAGGACAGCGUUCAAGGGGCGAACCACAGCCGGGGCAAUGUCGAUCGGCCAAGGCGCGGCAGAGAAAUGCCUCGACAUCCUCGCCUCGUGCAAGAAGGGCAACAAGUUCCUCUCCAUGGCCAGCUACCCUUUUCCCGCGACACCGCCCGAACGCUUCGUCGUGCCUCAGAUUGCUUUCCACUAUGUCAUGUCAAUGAUAUACUUGUGGUUCAAGGCUCAAAGGCAUGGCAUCCAGAGCAAGUUCAUCUUUGGCGACACACUGGUGGACAACGAAAUCGGACCGGCCAUGUACGAGCACUUUCUCCCGGAAGCGUUGGCCGAAGGGUCGUUUACGGCGGCGCCAAAGUCGGAGGUCGUGGGCCACGGUCUGGAGAGCAUACAACAGGCCAUGGACGUGCACAAGAAGGGUGUCAGCGCGAAGAAGAUUGUGGUGACGCUGGGGGCACAAUAG